AUGGCAUAUGGACUUCUUUCUACUUUGAUUCAGUUUUAUGAUCCCGUGUAUCACUGUUUCACUUUUCCCGACUAUCAGCUUAUACCAACACUUGAAGAAUACUCUCAUUUGAUUGGUGUUCCUAUUUCUAGUCAAGCUCCAUUUUCUGGUUUGGAGGAAGAUCCCAAAGAUCAAGACAUUGAAAAGGCUACUCACGUGAAAAUGUCAGAGAUCAGGGAUCACAUGACCACAAAAGGAAAAAUGCUUGGUUUGACAACUAAGUUUCUAAUGAACAAAGCUCAGUAUUUUGCUAAAAUGAGGAGUGUGGAUGCGUUUGAGGCUGUUUUUGAUCUACUUAUCUAUGGAUUGUUCCUAUUUCCUAGUUUUGAUGAAUUCGUUGCCAUGGAUGCCAUCAAGAUCUUCUUAAUAGGAAAUCUAGUUCAUACUUUGCUUGCCAAUGCCUAUCAUUUUGUUUAUAUGAGGAAUUCUUAUAGUGGUGGAAUGAUUACAUGUUACGUGCCUAUGUUGUACAAGUGGUUUAUUUCUCACUUACCAAGGUCUCAUGCUUUUUGGGAUCUUAAGGAUGGUCUUUUAUGGUCACAGAAGAUUAUGUCGCUCACACAUUCAGAUAUUGUUUGGUAUAGUCGUGACUAUGGUGGAGUUAGUAUCAUUGAUAGUUGUGGAGGAUUUUCUAAUGUACCUCUUCUUGGUACAAAAGAAGCAUCGGUUACAACUCAAUCCUAG